AUGUCGUCCCACGUCCACUCCGAUUACACUGGCGGCUCGUAUAGCAUGACCUCGGACUCUGGGGAUGUGUCAUUCACCUCAACAACGGCAAUGUCGGACUAUGGGCCUGCAGAUCCUACCACCAAAUACGGCCGCUUCGACUUGGAGACGAAGGUUGUUGCCGAGGGUUUGGAUUUCUUGCGGGGCGCGCUACCGAUCACAGCCCCGCAGGCGCUCAUCGCCCACUUCCUCGCUGGGGAUGAUGCACCCAAUCUGUUCUACCACAAGCAGCGGAAGCUUCUUCAAAUUGGUGUAAAGCCAAGCGCAUCCGUCAGCGUCGAAGUGAACGGCGUCAUGGUUCCUCCGGAGAUGCCAUUCGACUUGCACCAUGGCUUCGUAGUCCGGCUCUCCUUCGGCGUCGGAAGCGUGACCUACGCCUUCAAGUACAUCUACCGCGAGCGCCACGUCUUUCAGUCUCGUGAUAGCGGAGGGGUGCACUAUGUUGAGAUCGACGAGUUAGGCGUUGGCGCGAGCGGUCUUGUGCUGCGCUGCCGUCUCAUCAGCGACUACGGGAUCUUUGGACACGAGCCUUGCGAGAUCGGUGACGUCGCGGUCAAGGUCGUUGAUCUGCCGGUGAAUGUGUCGAUGGUGGAGGCGACGAGGGAGGUGCGGGUGCUCAGUUGGCUCAAGGGCGUGCCCGGUGUCGUUCAGCUACACGACUUCAUGGCUGACCAGGAACUGAAAGAGCUCCACAUUGUAAUGCAGAUCGCGCCGCAAGGUUGUCUUCGCCAGUUCCUCCGCGAACGACGCGAAGAUCGGUCCUUCCUCCCCGAGAACGACGCGCGUCACUUUGCGUUCUACGCUCUCCAGACCAUCCAGGCGAUGCACGCCCGCGGCAUCAUCCACUGCGACAUCAAGCCUGCCAACUUCCUCCGCAUCUCGAAACCGGAUGAGAGGCUCCUCGCGCUCAUCGCCGACUUUGGCGGCGCGAAGCAUACCAGCGAGCUUCAGCAGCCGCACGUCUACGUACGCGGGUACAGCCCGGAUGCGCACUGCCGCAUUGGGAAGCCCUCCUCUUGGACGCACGGGUACACUGCGCCUGAGAUGGGCAAGGCUGACGCGGAUGCGAGCGCAAACGACAUACACGCCUUCGGCGUGACCCUCUUCGAGCUCAUGACGAAGAGGAAGCUCGUCUCCGAGGAGCACCACUGCCCUCGCGGGCCCGAGUGCCCAGACAGGGGUUGCACGGGUCGUCGUAGGGUGUACCACUUCACCCGCCUUCGCGCAGGGGGGUAUUCCCAUCAGGCAUACAGUUUUAUCAGGCAACUCGUCAGUCCCGAGGCGCCCGGCAUGCGCCUCAAUGCGGCUCAGGCGCUCUCGCACCCGUGGCUCUCGUUGCCAGAUGAGGCGACGAUGCAACUCGCGCGCGACUUUGAGGAUGAGGCGGAGAUCGUCUUCGAACGAGAUGCGUAUAUCGCGCGCCGCGAGCGCAUGCAUGGAAGGGGCAGUAGUCCCGCGCCGAGCACGACGGACAUAGGGAGUGGGGAGAAUGGCGGGUCGGGACAGCCGCCGGCUCGUCAGGCUGAGCAGGAAAGCAAGAUGGUCACCGACCCGGAGUUGUACGGCUCGACGUGGGAAGAGGGACAAUGGUCUAAGGACCAAUGGACUACGGACGACACUUCGGUCUCUUUCCGGGUCUCUCUGGAGGGACUCCUCGAAGUCGGGCAGGAGAUGCAUGCGUGGCGGAUCGAGGAUUACAGGCAUGAUCCCGCGGGCGCCGCGCCGAUUACGGACGAGUGGCAGCUGCCUAGUGCGGACGCUGAGAUGCAGCUUGAGGAGGGAGCCGCGUUACAGGCGUGA